AUGUCGUCCACUCCAGGGACUAGCAGGAGCAAAGAAAAGGUUUUUCCUUUAGAGUAAGCCUUCAAAUAGGUGAAGUAAAAUACUUUAGUCCGAAAAUGUCGAAGGGAAAGCUGGGAACCUUGGAACUGAACGUGAUCGUGCUAGUAGAAGAAAGGUAAAUUGUUAAUUUCAUUGAUUAUUUCGAAAAUAUUUAUUGUAGAGAACAAAUAGAGUUGUCCACUCGUCAAUUCAGCCCUCCACUCAUCUUGAAGAGGUUUUCCGUAUAAAAAAAAGCCUUUUAAAAGGCACAUAAUGGCAUAGAACACCACCACUGAGUUCAGUUUACAGGAAAAAGGGUUUUCGCCUUGAAUCAUUCCGAAAAAAAAAGUGUUUGACUCAGAAAAAGUCUGAUUUAAUGUUUAACCAAUUUAAUGUGCUUUUAUUGAUUUAAUUCAACUUUCUUUUCAUUUUGAGGAGGUUUUGGCGCUACGAAAUCACGUUUAAAGGUGCAUAAUGACUACCACUGAGAAAGGCUCUUCGCAUCGAAAUUAUUUAUUAAUUCAGGCUUUCGACUUUGAAAUCUCGAACAAAAUUUUUAGCCGAUAAAAAAUCAUUGAAUCCAGAUAUCCGUCAACAAAGAGGCUCCAGAUGCGAGCAAUAUGACAUCAGUUGUGAAAAAAUCUUCAUCGGUAAUCCUUUUUUUUAAUAUUCUGCUCAGAUUUUGAAUGUCUAGUCGUCGCUCAAGCUCCGCCCCUAAUGGCGCGAUGAACCAAUCAGAAAGCGAGCCUCCCGCUGAGCCUUUUCGAAUGACGUCAUUGACAUUCAUAAUCUGACCAGACUUUAUCUGAAAAAUGAUUUUUUUAAAAUAAAAUUCCAGCCAAAAGAACUCCAGCCAUCAUCGAAUCAUGUUUCUGUAAAAACCAUUGACGAAGUCGUAGAUGAGGUUGAUUUUUUUGAUAGAUUAAAAGUAAAAAAAAAUUUUUAGAACAUCAAAACGACACUGAAAACACUGUCACCGAAGGAAACGCCGAAGAGCAAAAAACAGAAAACACCGGUGAAAUUGGAACAAUGAAUAUUGAAGUAACAGAAAUCAUUUUUUCUUCAGAGCAAAGGAAAAUUGAAAAGUUCCCGGCGGAACAACAAGAGGUUCAUCGAACUGAAAAGGGUAUUUCUUGGAAAAAAAUAUCUCAAAAAAAGUUGUGAUAUUUGAACUUGAUAAUGGGUUUUCGUAUUUUCAGAAAACUCAAGAAUUUCGUGGAACAAUCUAAUUAAUUUAUUCUCAAGUAAAUUCCAAAUUAAUUCUACAGGUAGGCAGUUGGAACGGCGCCAACGGAGCCGCUCUCGACGACGAGCCGUUCUAUCACGGUUAUAUGGCCAGAGAAGAAGCCACGCGGCUUUUGAAGAAACAAGGAGAAUUUCUGGUUCGUAAGGCUGUCGUCAAGAAAGUAGAAGUUUGAAAGACAUUGAAAAUUCAAAAAUGAAAAAAAAAUGGUUGAGUGCGUGGUCGUUUCUGUUUAUUUCAACGAAAAAUGUCAUCAUCUCGCGAUUCAACGGACCAAAAGCAAGAAUUACUAUCUAUUGGAAUAUUGUUUCGAGGUAAGUUCAGAAGACUACGAAAAAUGACUUCGAGUGCUGCGAAAAGGUUUAUUCGUGCUUCAUUGAUAAACCUGAAAACUCGGACCUCGAUAAUAGAAACUAAAGCUUUCGAGGCGCGUCCGGUUUACGUUACCAAGGUCCGGAAGCCUCAAAGUGUGACCUCACUGAUGAAGGCAAGAAUGAGAAAGAAGAGCCGCCAAAAAGUCAAAAUUUGCUCUAUUGAUAAUCAAAAAGAAAAUAUGAUUCUUCUCACAAAAGUUAACCGGUUUGGAAUGAAUAUGAAGUGAUUUAGUAACUUCCUAUAAUUUUCAACUUAUCAUUAGACCGUAAAAGGUCUACGAAUCUCUGGCUUUUUUCCUGGGCCUUUUUGCAGCUUUUUUCUUGAAAUCUCGAUUCAAAAAAAAGUGGGAUCGAUUUAUAAUUGUUUCAUAAUCGAUCGAUAACUGGUUUUAAAUGAAAAAAAAUUUCCAGACAGUUCCCGACCUGAUCCGCUACCACCAACAAACUCACAAGCCUGUCUACAAAGAUGGAGUUUCUCUCUUUAAUUGGAUCCAACGAGAACAGUGGCAACUUUAUCAUGAACAGGUUUUUUUUAAAACUAAACUAAAAAAAGUGAUCUGCAGAAAACGCUCAUAGAGUUGCUGCAAGCGCGCUCUGAAGAGAAAACUUAAAUUUUCCGAAAUUUUUGGAAAACUCACCAAAAAGUUUCUAAUCGUUCUAAAUUCUAAUCGUUUAUGAAGAUAUCUUCAGUAACGCCAGAGUGUUGUCUAUAGGGAUUAGGAGAAAAAAAAGGUCUCUAUAAAAGAAAGUGAAGUGGUCCCUAGAAGUUGACCUUCAAGGGCCUCUAAGGUUGCCCCUAUAGGGCCCACUAUAGGGUCACUGAGUCAGAUCUUCUGCUCCAAUUUUUUCUGAAUUUUCAAAUAUUUUUCUCCAGUUUCUGCAUUCAUCAAAUAAAUGAAUUUGAGGUGAACCUCGGGAAAAAGCUUGGAAAUGGCGAGUUCGGCGAGGUUUUCCGCGGAAGCCUGACCCUCGGCCUGUUCACAAAACCUGCUGACGUGGCUGUGAAAACGCUCAAGGGAAAUCAUUUGAGCACCGAUGACAAGUAACUAUUCAAAUACUAACUAUAUUAAGGGCCAACAUGUAGAAGUGAGAUUUUUGACGGAAGAUACUUAUAAACGCCUAGUGCUCCUUAGGGUGAUAAAAUUGAAGUGAUCCCCAUAGGGAUUCGAACCCUAAGUUCCUAAAGCUCGAGCGGUUUUUAGUUUCUUUCUUCAAUUAGAAAAAUGAAAAGACAAACUUUUGCAAGCUUCAGUGCACCCUAGAAGGAGAAGUGAGGCAAUAUAGAAUCUUUAGAGUGGAAUCUUCUCGGACCCUGGAGACUUCCCCUGUAGAGACCACUCUGCAUUUUCUAAGUUCAGAAUCACAUUUCUCCGGGAGGCGAACCUGAUGCUCAAGCUCAACCACAAGUACGUUGUCAAGCUCUACGGAGUCGCCACACAGAAAGAGCCGAUCAUGAUUGUCAUGGAACUGUGCCCGGGUUCGCUCUCCGUAUCAAAGUAAUUCACUGAGCAUCAACUGUUAGGUGGAAGUUUGGUGGAAGCGAUUAGAAAACCGGAUCAAGUCUGUCUGGAAACGAAACGGAAAUAUUGUCUUCAAGUCCUCAGCGGAAUGGCCUAUCUCGACAAGGAGCAGGUUUUUUUGGUGUUGCACUUGGAAUGGAUCGAAUGA